AUGCAGAGCAUCUUGGUGGCCAUUCCAUACCCAGACCUUGAGUCGCUGGUUGAUGCCUCUAUCAUGGUAGAGAGCAAGCGCAAGAGUGCGUUUGAGAACCGCAAGCGCAAGGCGAUGAUGCAGCAAGGCAGCUCUAGCACUCAGCGCCCCCGUAGCUUUCCUCCUCCAAGGCCGGCGCCCCAGCAGCAGAGGGCACCACCCCCUGCACCUCGUCCCAACAACCCCAACCGCAACUACAACCCUCAGCGUUCUGGAGGAAGCAAUUACAACCCCAACUAUAAUCGCCAGAACAACACUGUCCGCCCCGCCACUACUGGAUGCUAUACCUGCGGUCAGCCGGGUCAUUUCUCCAAGGAGUGCCCCAACCGAGCUACUUCUGGACAACGUCCCAAUGCGCCCAAGCCUAAUCAGGGACAAGCCCGCACUGCUACUGGAAAGAACCAGAACCAGAGGAAGGCAGCUGGACCAGCAAAAGGGUACCUGAAUCAUGUCAACGCUGAAGAAGCACAGGAAGCUCCAGAUAUCGUUCUGGGUACGUUCCCCGUCAACUCAGUACCUUCCAUCGUCUUGUUUGAUUCCGGAGCAUCGCAUUCGUUUGUUACUAAGCCGUUCGCUAGAAAGAGUGGCUUAAGACCUACCAUCAUGAGACGGCCUAUGCUAGUUCAAAUUCCGGGAACCUCCACCAAAACGGAUCUAUGCUGCAAGGAUGUUCCUAUAGAUAUUCAGGGGAAGUGUUUUCACGCCAACCUGAUAGUAUUGGGUGAGCAAGGUCUGGAAGUUAUUCUCGGUAUGGAUUGGAUGGUCAAGUAUAAGGGUCAUAUCGACUGUGCUCGCCGAGCCAUAACCAUGACUGCUGAGGACGGCGAGAUAAUUGAACAUGUAGCCACUAUACCUUCAUCGAAGGCCUUAUGCAAGAAGAGUGUCGCCAGUCCAGCCCUGCAUGAAGUACCCAUAGCCUGUGAGUAUCCUGAGGUCUUCCCCGAUGAGCUACCCGAUAAGCGAGACGGUACUAUCCGCCUGUGCGUGGAUUAUCGGAAACUGAAUGACAUCACCAUCAAAAACAAAUACCCCCUCCCGAAGAUUGAAGAUCUGUUCGACCAGAUGAAUGGCGCUCGAGUUUUCUCUAAAAUAUAUCUCCAAACUGGUUAUCAUCAACUCAAGGUUCGAGAGUCAGACAUUCCCAAGACUGCCUUCACCACACGAGACCAUCAGCUCUACGCCAAGUUUAGUAAAUGUGAGUUUUGGCUAAAAGAGGUAGGAUUUCUAGGCCAUGUUAUAUCUGCCGGAGGAGUGUCGGUCGACCCGUCCAAAAUUCAGUCAAUUAUGGAGAAGAAAGCCCCUACCAACCAGACCGAAGUCCGCGCCUUUUUAGGAUUGGCGGGUUAUUACCGCAAGUUCGUUGAAGGAUUCUCCAGCAUUGCGAGACCCUUGACGCAACUUUUAAAGAAAGAUAAAAAGUUUGAAUGGACCGACAAAUGUGAGCUUGGAUUGGGAAGUGUGCAGAUGCAAGAAGGAAAGGUGAUAGCCUAUUUGUCAAGACAACUUCGACCGCACGAGAUGAAUUACCCUACGCAUGACUUAGAGCUUGCCGCUGUAGUUCACGCCCUGAAGACCUGGCGCCACUACCUAGUGGGAAAUCGCUGCGAAAUCUACACCGACCACAAGAGUUUGAAGUACAUCUUCACCCAACGGGAGCUAAACAUGAGGCAGAGCAGAUGGAUGGAACUUAUCAAGGAUUACGACCUCGGCAUUCAUUAUCAUCCCGGUAAAGCCAAUGUGGUAGCUGAUGCCCUUAGUCGAGAGCCCUGUUCGUUGAACGCCCUUAUCAAAAUUGCUCAACCCAAGCUGUAUGAAGAGUUGGAGGAGUUCGGCCUCGAGCUCGUUAGCCAUGGUUUCCUGGCCAAUCUUGAGUUAAAGCCUACUUUAUUCGAUCAAAUCAAAGAAGCUCAAGUGGGUCAUGAGAGUAUAGAGGGAAUCAAGCGUAGGAUGAAUAGGGAAGAAGUUCCUGGUUUUGAAGUCGACGCCAAAGGAGUUUUGUGGUACAAGGGACGCCUGUGUGUACCUAAUGUUGAAGACUUGAAGCAACUCAUCAUGAAGGAAGCUCACGACACACCAUACUCAAUCCACCCUGGAGGAACCAAGAUAAUAGUGAGUCUCCACGGUGUUCCUAAGCGGAUCGUAUCGGAUCGUGGUACCCAAUUCACCUCGAGAUUCUGGAAGAGCCUGCAUGAAGCCCUCGGUACCAAGCUCGCCUUCAGCACUGCUUAUCACCCGCAGACCGGUGGCCAGACCGAAAGACCGACGCUGCCGUGUACUGCCGUUCCGCCACCGCCGCUCGUCGCCGGGAACGACGUCUCUGUUUCGCCUCCGCCGGCCAUCAUUCGGGAGCCCCUGACCCUCCGCAUCCUGCCAACACCGCCUCGCCUUCAUCUGCGCACCAGGGUGAGCACCCUCCGCCUCGCCGUUUCCCCCCAAUAG